AUGCUCCGUGCUUGUCUGUUGUUAGCACUAGGCACGCGUCUUCAUGACGUUGUUUUUUCCGACGAACAGAUGCCACUGUCUCCGAUGAACUACAGGACGUAUAUCGAGAUGGCCAAGUACCUGUUGGAGCUCAACGCAACAUAUUCAGAUGUCGUGCGAGUGUCAGUGGCCCAAGAAACGUAUCAUCUGCCUUACCCCCCAGAGCUCCAAUGCAUUAUAGACGAUAAGACAAAUGCAACGGAGCUGUGCAAGCAGUUUGUAGUACACAUAACUAACCACUCGACGCUGGUAAGUGACCCGGAGAGACCAGAAGUAUUCAUCAGUGGAGCGCUGCAUGGUGACGAACGUGUUGGCCCCAAUGCAGCCAUCGAGCUCGUUGCAUUAUUUGCACAUGCCACAUCCAUAUACGAAACGGACGAUAAGAUGAAGCCUACGGUGGACACGCAGCGCUGGCUGAAAGAGCUGGUGAACACUCGGAACGUGCUGGUGAUGCCAAUGACGAACGCUUACGGCUACUCACGCAAAUGUCGCAGGGAGUUGGAAGUGGAUCCAAACCGAGACUAUAAUUACAUGAGGUCUGGCGUGGAUUGUAUGAAGGCGAUGACGUCUCGUGUGGUGAACGAAAUUUGGAGAGACCAUGUUUUCCAGUUGGCAGUGACGUUUCAUGGCGGAACUAGAGCAGUGGCGUAUGAGUGGGGCUCGCCGGAUCAUUAUCUGCGUGGCAACGAGAAUAAUCCGAGUGAGAAAUCUCCAGAUCAUAUGGCUCAAUUUCAGAUUGGCAACACAUUGGCCAACUUUGCAGGUAUCUUCCCGGAUGGAAAACUGUAUCCGACGGGAACAAUGAAUGACGUUGUGUAUGGCGUCACUGGUGGUAUGGAAGACUGGGGCUACGCUGCCUCGUGGGAGAAUCAGUUUUACGACAAAAAAUUGCAACCUUUCCGUCCAUGUGAACCGACAACGUUUGGAGGAUAUUUGAAGGAGAAGACUACGUACAACAACAUUACCAACCGCGCGUUCAAUAUGCUAGUAGAAACAUCAGACAGGAAGGAGCCUGAAGCUGUUGAGUUGGGAAAGUAUGAGGAGCUAUACAAAGCAAACGUUGAUUUCUUCCGAACUGAAGGAGUCAUGACGGAGUUUAUAGGGCACGUGCCACGGAAUGUCCGCCUGGCACUUAUGAUGAUUGAGAUGGUUCAACCUUUUGUGCGCUGGGUGGAUAGUGCGGGGUCGUCCGUGACGCGCACUCAAAACGUGUCGAGUUUCUUUCCUGCAGCAAGCUUAUACACGACAAACACUAAUCAAGUAACUGAGAUGGGUUGUGGAGCUCUAGCGUGGGAGCGCAACGAAGUUACAACGUGCAAUGUCGCCGACUGCAGCGUGAUUGACGGAAGACACUCAAAGCUGCAGAUCGCUUGGGAAGUGCUUGGCGCACUUACAGUGGACAGCACUUAUGUUCAGGUAUCUUCCACCCCAUCGUUCGACAACAACAGCGUUCUAAUCAGGACCACAAUUCAAAAGGGUACCACCCGGCGAUUCUAUGAGCUUGCAUCCAAUUCAUCGCAGGCUGCAGCUGCUAACGCAACGAUAGUGGGAACAUCACUAUUCGUUACGUGUUUGGACUUGGCUAAUGUCACGUCGAAUAUGGCCUACAUUCGAGCUGUAGCAACUGUCGACCAGGACUGGAUAAAGCAUGGCGACGGUGACGAUGCACCCUCACCUCGGGUGCCACCGCAGUCGCAUUUGGUGAAUGCUCGAACGAACCUAGAUUGGAAACUUGAAUGGAAUGGACAUCGCGUGAAGUCUACGCUUGACUGGACAUCUCGGGUUAUCACAUACAGUAAAUCGGCUAUAAAUCGACCAGCUUAG